AUGGCGGCGCUGGUGCGGGCUCUGUGAGGGGAGGGGGGGUUGGAUCGCGCUUGCAGCGGCUCAGCGGCCUGGCGCCGGCCCCCGGCCCCCGGCUCGGCCACAGCCCCCGGCCCGCUCAGACAUGUCCGAACCGCGGAGGGUGGCCUUCAACACCGUGAGCGUUCCUCCCGACGCCCUGCCCGCGCCUCCCGCCGCCGCCGCCGCCGCCGCCGCCGCCCCCAAGAAGAAGCGGAGAGAGGAGCGGGGCGACCAGGGCAACGUGCGCUUCGGCCUGAAGCUGAGCGAGCCCAGCGACCGCAGCCACACCGAGUACAACUACAACGAGCUGCUGCGGGAGGUCAAGAGAAAUUCAACCAACCCUGAUGUUCCUUUCAAUAAUGAAGAGAAAGAACGGAAAGAAGUGGAAGCUAUCGCAAAGAAACUUGAGGAAAAAUAUGGUCAGAAGAACCACAAGCGACGGAAAGACCGCAUGCAGGAUUUAAUUGACAUGGGUUAUGGCUACGAUGACACAGAUCCAUUCAUUGACAACUCUGAAGCGUAUGAUGAGUUGGUUCCAGCCUCGUUGUCAACAAAAUAUGGAGGAUUUUACAUAAACACAGGAACGUUGCAGUUCCGGCAGACUUCAGACACUGAAGACGAAGAUGUAGUGGGGAAGAAAAGAUUGAAAUCUCCUAAAAAACAAAAAUUAAGAGAUGGAGAAGACAGGGUGGCAAAAAAACAAAGAAGGACGGAUGAAGGAGGGAUGAAAGAGAAGAAACCAAGGAAGCUAAAGGUUCCCAAUGAGUCAGGAGUGGUGGCCCUCAAUGCGGUCAAACAUCAGAAGAAGAAGCGGAAAAAUCACAACGACACGCUUUCUCUGGCCGAGAUGCUCAAAAAGUUCCAAAAGGAGAAAGAAGCCAUGAAGAAGCAGGAGACCAGCGUGAAACAACUGCCUGCCUCCCAGCCGACCGACCCGGCGACAAAGAACCCCGGCCUUUCCGAGUACAACCUCGCUGCCUCCGAUCAAGUCUUUUCAAUUCUGGGGAGUUCCAACGAGAACGACUUGCUUCAGGAAGCUGCCAACGCCAUGGAGCUGCUCGGGGAUUUGGACAUCGAUAAGCUGCUGGCUGAGACACCCAGUGGAAGCCCGGCUUCUGAACCCGAGGACAGCAGCAACACUGUGGUGUCUUCAAGCUGUAUCUUGCCCGCCCUGAGCCAAAAGCAGGUGUACCAGUUACCAACAGGAAUAUCCUCUCAUCUUGAAAAGCGCCUUCGUGAUCUUAAGAAUUUAUGUUCUAUGCAUUCGAGCAACGAAGCCUAUGUUGGUAAAGUUUCUGAAGGGGAAGGAAAAAAGAAAUUCUUCACCGCAGACAUCAACACUAUCCUGCUAGACAUUGAAUUGCAGGUGCAGGAGCUAAACCUGACUCAGCGUUCGGGAGUGUACAUCUACCUGGCUUCCUUCUUGCCCUGCAGCAAGGACACGCUCAUGAAACGUCUGAAGAAGCUACACCUCAAUGAGCAGGAUGAGCGGUUGCGUGAUCCUACUCAGAAACUGAAGGAAGCGGUGGCAAAUGCGAUGCCGGUACAGCUGAUAAAAUUCCAGGAGGAGCUCCAAGCACAUACACAGGCCAGGUUUGCCAAGAUGGCAUCUGAAGAGGAUCGGGAUAAAAAUGGAUCUGAAGAGGAGGACGAGGAUAAGCCAGGGAAAAGGGUGAUGGGACCGAGGAAAAAGUUUCUUUGGAAUGAUUAUGUCAGGGAAUUGCUGUGUAAUCUGGUGAAGAUAAAACUGGGAUGUUACGAACUGGAGCAAAAUAAAUCGCAGUCGGCUGAGGAUUAUCUGAAGACUUUCAUGGAAACCGAGGUGAAGCCCAUCUGGCCAAAAGGUUGGAUGCAGUCACGGAUACUGCUUAAAGAGAGCAAGAAAGCGCAUAACCAUCUGACCGCCACACCAGCCAAGAAGAAGGUUAUACUGGCAGCGAAACCAAAAGUAAAGGAUUCAAGCCCAAAGAAAGAACAAAAGCUUUCUGCUCCUGUGGAUGGUGGGCUGAAGGUGCUGCCGAUGAUCAGUGUCACACCGAUCAGCAUCUCCAGUUCCAGUUGUACGCCAAACCAAGACACCAUCUGCUUGGACGAUUCUCUGGAUGAGGAUCUGACCAUUAAACCCCCCUCCUUGGAAUCCGUGUCGGAUGCUUUGUCCGUCUUCACCAAGAUCACCAGAAUCGUAAAUAAUUCUGUCCCGGCCACACCUCGACCUCAGCAGCUGAUGAUGAUGAAGGAGGAUAAGAAGGCCGUGGUCAAGAUCACACCUCUGGCCCUUUGCCCGAAAGAAGCCGUGCCCGGCCCGAAGGUGGCGCUCGCGCCGUCUGCGAAAGAGGCCGCGCCGUCUCCGAAAGUCAGCACGCCGUCCCCGAGAGUGGCCGCCCCUUCCCCGAGGGUGGUGUCCUCUCCGUCUGCAAGGGUGACCCCGGCCUCGUCGCCGAGGCUGACCACCGCGCCGUCUCCCCGAGUGGCGACGCCCUCGCCCAGGCUGAACACCACGCCGAGCCCCAGGAUCAGCACUGGGCCCUCACCAAGGGUGGCGGGCACGCCUUCCCCAAAGGCCUCCACGCUGUCUCCCGUCCCCCUGAGCUUCGGCCACCUGUUUGGCCACGGGGGUUCGAGCUCGAAGAAAGCGCAGGACUCGGGCCGGUCGGGAAUGACCAGCCUGAUUGCCGGCUACACGGCCCCUUCACCGCAGACGGUCAAAGCCUCGCCGGCGUCGUGCACGGCCAAGCAGCAGCAGCAGCAGCAGCAGCAGACGCAGCAGCCGGGAGGAGGCCAGAGGCUGAGCCAGGCCCAGGUGCCGCUCAGCAAGUUGCAGCAGCACCACCACAACAGCCUCUCCUCCUCCUCCUCCUCCUCGCCGCAUGUGGCCAUCGGCAAGGUCCACCAGAACCCGGUGGUGAAGCUGAGCAGCUGCCCGCAGCACCUGCUCCCCGGCCACCUGCCGCACAUGGCGGACAAGGCCGCGGCAGCCUACCAGUCAUCGUUCGCUCCCUCAGCAGCCGGCGGCAGCAGCGGCAGCAGCAGCAGCAGCAGCCCCCACCUGUCGUCCCGGCCUAGCCCCAGCCCACCUACCUCUGGCAGUUACAUGCCCAAAGCCACGGCGGCCAGCAGCACCACCACCUCAGCGCAGGGCUUCAAACCUCCGUUCACCAUGGUCAAAUCUGCCGCUGCUUCCAGCCCGGGGGGGGCCGCUACCCUGUGCGGGGGCUCCUCCUCCUCCUCCUCUGUCGGCAGCAGCAGCAGCAGCAGGCAAAGUGGCGCCAAGCUGUCCGGCACCAGGCCCUCGUCUUCCCCUUCAGCCCCAGCCGCCCCAGUGAAAAAAACCUCAGUGCCUCAGAAACUGGUCGGGCCGCCCGCAGCCGGCGGCAAAAGCAGCGGCGUGCCCUGCCGCGGCGGCAUGGGCAACGGCAAGGGCGUGGGCGUUGGCAUCGGCAUCGCCGCCGCGCCGGGGAGGAGCUGUGCCGCCGGCUCCAGCAUCCCCGUCAGCCGGGCCGGGACUCCCAGCAACAACGCCGCCGCCGCCGCCACCGCCAACAGGAGCAGCCCGACCGCGGCCGGCACUCGGACUAAUGUGAGCGGGGGCGCGGGAAGUGGUUCUCAGGUUGCUAUCAAAAUGCUGCCCUCCAUUCACAGACCUCCCUCUGCCUCAGGAUCAUCAGCUGGCAUCCAGGUGACUACUGGAUCGACCUUGAUGGCAACAACGUCACCUCUGACUCUCAUGCCAUCGUCCCUGAAUGUAACAAAUCUCAAUGCGACAUCUGCUUCCUUGAACACAGCGGCGGCGUUCAGCAUGCUGGGCAGCCUGGUUCCUGUGUCUCUCCCCUUUCAGCUGCCGCUCAACCUGCUGAGCUUUGCACCAGAGUCUGCCGUCUCCACCACCGCUGCGCCCACUGGAUCUACCUCAGUUACGUUCCAGCACAACUUCGCACAGAAUAUUUUGAAAGGUCUGCAGUCUGGUUCUGCACAGCUUUCGCGAUCGAGUGUACCAGCCCACUUACAGCAGACCUACACAGAUGGCAACCAAAACCAGGGAGACUCUUCGAAAGUCCAGCGUAAACCACAGUGACCCCAAGGAACAGUGUGAGACAGACAGGACGUGUUGGACUGAAGUCUCCUGAGUGGUCCAGCUACCUCCAUUCGGAGGCCUCUUCCUGCUGGGUACUCGACUGAAGGCUUUUCCCUUUUGUUAUGUUUAUAAAACGUCAGACCCAGAGCACUGUGUGGGCGAAAGGGAACAUAUUUUACCAAGUUGAUUUGGAACCGGGACCUAGCUGAGCUGGGGCUGGGCAGGCAGACCUGUCCAUCAGCUCUCCUGCUGACCAGGAGGACUUCAGCCAUGGGCGAGACCAGAUGGCGAAAGAGGAUUCCAUAGCAAAAGGUUACUCUACAAGCACAGCAUUUAUUCUGCAAGAGGUGUGAGCGCUGAUUUGGGGAUGGGGAGGCUGAGGAGCAAGGAGAUAAAGGGGAGUUCAAGGGCCAAGAGUGAAAGGUGAGCGUUGAUGGUGGGAGGCACGGUGAUUGGAGGGGAGAGUUGAGGCCUGGAUCCCAAACGCACUGUGGUUGGGGGAGAAGGGGGGGGGGGGUGGGAUCAAGGGACAGUGUAAAGCUCAAAGGCUUGAUGUGAGACAUAAUCUGGGACCCGUGAGGAGAGAGAGAGAGAGAGAGAGCGUGUGGGGAAGGAACGGAAAGGGGAGAGUGGGGAUUGGAGGGGUGGACAAGGGAGGCAGAGUUGAAGGUGGGUGAUGAAAUAGAGUGGAGAGGUAGGUGGGGAAAUGACGUUGGGCGGGCGACGAGAUGGAUGAGAGAAGGGGGGCAGACAUGGGUGAGGUGUUGAGGAGAGCUGGGCAAGGA